AUGGCUCACCUGCAGGUUCUGCUCAUGUUGCUGUGGAGUUCAGGUGUUCAGUGUGAAACAGCCAAAGCUGACCUCGUGAUGUUGGUGGAUGAGUCUGGGAGCAUCAGCAGAAACGACUUUAGAGUCAUGAAGUCAUUUCUUAUUGAGAUCGUUAAAAACCUCAACAUCGGCCCGGACAAAGUCCAGAUUGGAAAAGCUCUGAGAUACAUCCUCCAUAACCAGUUUAAACCCUAUAUGGGAAUGCGUCCAGACUCCAGAAAGAUCGUUGUUCUGAUCACAGAUGGAGCAGCAAAUGAUGACAUACAUCUGCCCUCAAAGAACCUGAAAGACACAGGCAUCGAGGUCUACGCUAUCGGUGUGGGGGCUGCCCCAGAGAGGGACAUGAAGUCCAUCGCCUCUGAUACUGAUCACAUGUACCUUAUAGAGGGCUUCAGUUCUCUCCAUGCUCUGGUCAAGAAUGUCUCCAUGAACCUCUGUAACAGCACUAACAGCUUAGACUCUGUCAGGCUGCUGAAUGGUUCCAGUCUGUGUUCAGGCAGACUGCAGGUGAAGUCUAACCAGAGAUGGUCCUCAGUGUGUGAAGCUGACUUUGACCUGCAGGAUGCAGAGGUGGUCUGUAGGGAGCUUGGCUGUGGGCCUCCUUCGCUCCUCCAGGGGGCGCUCUAUGGAGAAGUGGAGGCUCCAGUGUGGAGCAGAGAGUUCCAGUGUGGAGGCCAUGAGUCUGCUCUCCUGGACUGUAGAAGCUCAGGCUCAGUGAGAAGCAGCUGCUCACCUGGCAAAGCUGCUGGACUCACCUGCUCAGAGCCUGUCAGGUUGGUGGGAGGAGCCAGUCGCUGUGCAGGUACACUGGAGGUGAAACAGGGACUGUGGGGAUCUGUGGAGGCCUCAGGCUGGACCCUGAUGGAUGCAGCUGUAGCCUGCAGAGAGCUGGACUGUGGCUCUGCUGUUUUAACAGGAAGCAGAAAUGCAUCCUGGGAUGGACCAACGUGGAAGAUCAAACCAGGCUGUGUUAAAUCUGGAUCUACACUGAGGGAGUGUGCCACAUCAUCCCAGUCACCCACCGUCCUGGAGCUCAUCUGCUCAGACCUGCUGGUUCAGCCAAUCAUCUCAGCGUCCUUCUCGUCCAAUGACAGGGACUCCCAGGUCCAGCAGCAGGAGUCUUCUUGGGUGUUAAAAGGCUCCAGCUUCACCAUCAGCUGCUCCAUCCAGCCUCAGUACCCAGGAGGCUCUUUCCAGCUCACCUUCACCUCCUCCAACACCACCAACAACUACACCCAGCCAGCUGUCAAUCACUCUGCCCACUUCCUGUUCCCUGCUGCAGAGCCCGCCCACCAAGGAACCUACAGCUGUGUUUAUCACAUCUUCGUGUUUUCUCGUAGCUUCUCCUCUGAGAGCCGUCAGCUGUCUCUCACUGUCUCAGAUCCAACAGUGUUUGUCAUCAGACUGCUGCUCCUGCUGCUGAGCCUGCUGCUCUUCAUCUCUGCCGUCUGUUUCAGCCAUAAGGUCACCGGGAGGCAGGAGCCCCGCCCACAGGAGGACCCGGAGCUGGAUGGUUAAAGCUGGCAGCGUCCAGAAAAGCAGGCAGCUCAGCAGCGCCUCCACAUGGUGGAGGAAGUGUUUGCAUCCUUCACCACAGUGUGAACAUGAAGUACAACCACAGUAAACUGUAUAUCACAUCAUCAGGUCAUGUGUUACUCCUGUAUUAAAGUGUGAGCAUUAAUACUUGUUUAUAUUUACUGCUUCCAGCUUCUUCCAGUCCUGUUUGUACCCCUAAAAUAAUGACUGCAGCUAAUCAUCACCGAUCGAUCAACAUGUGACUAUUUUCAUAAAUAAUUAACUGAUUGAUCAGAUUGUCAAAAU